AUGCCGAUGGCAAACCGCAAGUUCGCCGCGCGACACUUACCGCAAUGGCAUCACCAAAUACUGCUGGAUGACUCCAGCAUUCAGCCUACAGGCAAUGGCCACGAAUUCAGCUUCACGCCUUCUAAUCGCUUUGCUCAGUUGUCCCCCCGCACCUCGUCCGAAGAUUCUGAGUCUGAUGAAGAGGAGGAAUCCGAGUCUGGAUCAGAGUCUGAACAAGACUUUGUACCGCAAGCGAAACCCGAGGAGGAGGAUGAUGACGACGAAGAUGAAGACAGCGACGAUGAAGAGGAAGAGGAGGAUUCAGACGACGAAGCCUCGGAAGACGAAGACGAUGAUACACCUAUGCGCUUUGCUCCUCCCGCCCCGCCUCCAAUGCAGGCACCGAUGCCAGCACCCAUGUCGGCUUCCAUGUUCCCUCCAAGGCCUGCGCCUAUGCCGGCGUCUCGUAUGGCUGUCCGUAGGAGCUCUGAAGAGGAUUCAAAUGAAGACGAGGAAGACGAAGACGCGGAGUCCGAAUCAGAUUCGGAAUCAGAGUCUUUGGUCACACCUCCCAUCCAAGAGAUUCGCCAAGAACACCACGUAGUUACUGUCACUGCCACUGUCAAGGCAAAUUUUACACUGGAGGAGCUUUCCGACUUUGACCCAAUGGAUCAAGACCGCACUGGCACCAUCGCCCCCACGGGCUUCUCCUCCCCGUCAUCUGCUCGCUCUCGAUCACGAGCACCUCCAGCACCUAAAGGGCUCCCUCCCGGCUUCACACGCGGCAUGGGGAACCUGGGCGUCGAUGAAUCCAGUUCCGAAGACUCGGAUAAUGAUUUGGAUGACGAUGGGGCCCACGCCGAAUUUGUGCGCAGGCAACGGGCGCUGAAGAUGCUCAACCGUCGGACCCACGGAUCCAGCAUUGGCAAGCGCACGAUAUCGGAGCGUAGUGGCUCUGAUCACGAAGACAUGACGCCACUCGACGCGGAUGCCGUUGGUUCCAGCGCCCGCAGACUCCGGCGACGCUGCGGAGACAGUCACAGGCGUAGCUUUAUCCAUCUACAAUUCCAAGACCCACCCCCACCUCGCAUCGACGAGCUCGAAGAGCCCGAAAGCGAGGUUGAAGGUACUUUUAUCUUUUGCGACAGUGGCACGCUGGCGCGAGAGCUUCCUUACUACUCCAUCGAGAUUAUGGAGUAUGAGAGUUCCAGCCCCAGUCCCAGCCCAUGA